AGGAGGAACAUUUCCGUAACCAAUAGCAUAACCUGUACUAUGUUACAGUCAGGCCUCAGUGAAAUGUGAGUUGAUUGGACGUCACUGCAAGUCCUAACAUAAAAACUAGAUAAUACAGCUCACUUCUACCAGACAUCGUACUCUCCGGCCAGGUGAUCGCACUCCCCACAAAAGUGACUUUAUAUUGAGGCGACAUCCCUACACACAUUGUACAAGUUACAAGGUUUUACGUGCAAAUCGCGGGACCUCUGGUGGGAGGAGGGAUGGCAAAGCCAAUGGCUCACCUUUGGUUCCUCUUGUUUCUUUAUCUGACUGUUGUAUCAAGGUCCACAAGCUUAUUGUGCGACACAGUAAUAUCACCGGGCUAUAAUGGGACCAUCGAGUCUCCAGGAUUUCCACAGGAAUACUACGGGGACCAGAACUGUUCGUACACCUUCUCUUCGGGAAGUUCUUAUAGCACCUGGCAAAUCAAUUUCACCUUCUUUAACCUGCCGAACACAUCAUGUGACAGUGAUUACAUCGAGGUGUACAACAAUUCGCAGUACCAAAGGUAUUGCUACAACUCGACACCUCCUCCUGACCUGAGAGACAUCUACAGAUUUCGGUUUGUCUCCAGCAUAAACGCGUCCGCAGGCUUUGGGUUCCAGGCUCGUGUGAGCAAAGUGCCAAAAUGUGGAAGUACAGACAUACGUCUGCACGAGAAUAGUCCAUUUCAAAUGUACUAUUCUCAGAACGAGCCAGUGCAUGGAAGAUGUGAAUGGACAUUAACUGCAGAACAGGGACUGGCCAUCGUGAUGAUAGGUUACAUCAGCUACAAUGACAUAAACGUAAAUCAACAAUUUAAAAUGUACAGAGGAAGAACCAAAGAUAACAGUUCUUUGAUCACAAUAAGUAAAUCCAGAUACAACGAGAUCGCUAUCGAUGAGGCAUCCAACAUCAUACUCAUCGAGUACAUUGCCAAUGAAACUUCUUAUUUUUAUGUGUAUGUGACUUUCAUGGCUUACAACCGCACACAGAACUCCACAUGUGGUUCAGCAACAUAUAACAGUUCUGUGGAAGGCGUCAUCAAUCUAUACACAGAUGGACUUUCAAACAUCAACGGAUACUACAGGAACGGAAUCUGCACCUGGACUAUUGAAGCUCAAGAGGGCGAAGUCAUUCAGCUCGAAGUUACAUACUUUUACAUCCAAUCUGCAACACCCGGAUGUAACGACUCUGCCCGCAGUUAUCUAGAAGUUUACGAUGGAUCACAAACGGAAGACCGUUUACUUGUUCGAGCCUGCAGUUUUGAUCCGCUGGUCCCUGUAACAUCUAAGACCCGGCGCCUUGUGGUUGUACUGACACUCGACGAAGAGUUUGGCUUCACUCGGGCUUCUUUUACAGCUCGUUACAAGUCUUUUAAUAACUCUGCCAUUUUGAGGGAUUGUGGCGGGGACAUUUAUGGUGACGAGGGUGUUGUGUCGUCUCCAAACUACCCGGCGAACUACGACAACCUACGAGACUGCGAGUGGAGGAUCACAGUGGAAGAUUCGUUCAACAUUAGGGUGGACAUACAUGACCUUGACAUCAGGCCCUAUAAUUACGGGUAUUACUGUGCUGGAGAUUCUUUACUGUUUACAGGGGCAUAUCCCUUUGGCUACAGUACAGGGCUGUACUACCGAGUAUGUGGAACAUAUUAUGGCUACUACCGUGGACCUCCGAUAUAUUCUACAAACAACAGUUUGACGAUGAGGUUUGUCUCUGACUGGGAGAAUACUGGACGAGGGUUCAAUGCGUCUUGGAGAAAAGCAUGUGACAUGAUACUGCAGACUUCAAACGGCUGGAUUAAGUCACCAAGGUUUCCUACCGGGUACCCGAACAAUUUGAACUGUUCGUAUAUCCUACAAACACCUAAUAACCAACCUGGCUACUUCAUUACCUUCACUUUCAACAGCUUUGACCUACAAGAGCCUGAUUCCAAAGGAUCCUGCAUAUACGAUUAUCUAGAGCUAGUGCAAGUUCCAUCUUAUAACCCCGGAUACUUCAUAACUCCGAAUGCUAAAGUGUUCUGUGGAAGAGGACCAACGCAAAGCUUGACCACCUACUUUCCAACCACCAUACACUUUGUCACAGACGGCAGUAUAACUAAGGGUGGCUUCAACAUCUCCUUUAUACAGACAAUGGCUGGGUGCGGCGAAAGCUUGUAUAUGGGAGAGAAAGGUUUUGUCACUAGUCCUAACUACCCAGGGACAUUUCCUCGACUUAUUAACUGUACGACUACCAUACGGGUAGAACCUGGACACAACAUCACUUUAACCUUCCAGUCAUUUUUCUUGGGCAACUAUCUGGCAAACGUAAAUGGAAGUAACUGUUGGUGGCGGGCUGGAGGUGUCUUGGAAGUCUACGAUAGAAUUUCAUCACAAUCAGUUUUGACUGGAACAUAUUGUGGGUACUCAUCGCCCCAGCCUAUCACGUCGACCAGCAAUGAGCUGACCCUCGUCUUCAGAUGCACCUAUAACGAUUAUGCUACUGGGUUCAACGCAACAUACAUAUCGACUUUAGCAUUGACCGCUUUUAGAGACUGUGGGGGACAACUGAAUGGAACAAACGGGGAAAUAAUCUCCCCUAGAUACCCGGACCUUUACCCGGCUAACGCUGUGUGCGAGUGGAUCAUCACCGGAGACACGGGAGAUAGGGUCAGACUGUCGUUUGUGGACUUCCACCUUCAGGACACCAUCUCGUGUCAACUUGACUCGCUAGAGAUGCGAGAUGGAAGCAGCGUGUACUCCCCUCGCCUGGACAGAGUGUGUGGUGACGCAAUUCCUCAGGAAGUGACGUCUACUGGCAACAUAAUGUUAGUCAGAUUCGUCACAGAUGGAGAAAUGACGUAUAGAGGAUUCAAAGCAUCUUGGACAUCAGUCUGUGAGGAGACAUACAGAACUACAGAAGGAAUCAUCCAAUCCCCAUCGUACCCUAACAGUUAUCCUCGACGCAAACAAUGCACCUACUUCAUUGAACAGAGGGAGGGCUACGUGUUUGAACUGACGUUCACCAACUUUAGUCUUGGCGACAUCAGAGGCAGCUGUAGCAAGAAUUAUGUGGAGGUACGAGAUGGCGGCUUUGACACCUCCCCGCUGCUCGGAUCACGUUACUGUGGAGGAGAUUUGCCGCCUGUCUUGACGUCCUCACAAAGCCUCAUGUGGAUACGGUUUGUCACCGACGGCUCUUCGACCAACAAAGGCUUCAGAGCAACUUUCAAGAUAGGCACACCUUCUUGCGGUUCGAAAACGCUGACAGAGAAACAAGGGGUCUUCACAAGCCCUAACUUUCCUAACAUCUACCCUAACAACGUGGAGUGCACCUGGUUGAUCCAGGGUGUGCCAAACGAAGUCGUUACUUUGACUUUCACCUCGUUUCAGCUGGAAGGGUGGACAUCGUGUCCUUGGGACUGGGUCAAAGUUUAUGAUGGAGACAAGCUUUUGAACACGUUUUGCGGCUCAACAAUUCCAUCAGCCAUCACAACAGAAACCAAUGUGAUGACAGUUGUCUUUCACACAGACUGGAGCGUGAUAUAUCAGGGAUUUUCUGCUUACUACAAAAUCUACAACAUGAACUCAGACGAGCAAAAAAGACAAUAUGAUCUGUAUCCAUAUGGGGAGGCCAAUGGUGACAGACAGCUAUUGAAAGAAAAGGACAGUGUUGCACCAGUCUACAUAAAAACAGGAUUUCCUUUCAAAGAAACACUUCAGUAUAAAGCCUUUGUGUCUCAAAAUGGACUGAUUAGUUUCGAGAAACAAGACAAGGGCAAGAAACAGAUGCUCAAGAAAGACAGAAUACAGAUCCUGCCGUUUCACACGGACAUCAGCCUCAGCAAUAAGGACAGUGCCGUGUUUUACCGUCUGACCACAAACAACAACACAAUCCUGAAUAAGGCCAGCGCUGAGGUCAGAGAGUUCACGCAAUACAAGGACUACACAGCCAGCCUCGUUCUCGUCGCCACGUGGCACAGAGUUUCCCACGAACAAAGCAGAAACCCAAAUGCAGAGCAAGCAACCUUUCAAGUCGCAUUAGUAUCCAAUGGAAGACAGACGUUUGGAAUAAUUUUCUAUAAGAAUGGAGCAAUGAAGUGGAAAAAAAGAAGUAAUGAAAAGUUAAUCAUUGGGGUGACCAAUGGAAACGAAGAUGAAGCCAUUUUGUCGGAAUAUUCCAAUACAAAGAUCGGCUUCCAGGACCUUGACAAAACCAUCGGAAACACAGGUCGUUACGGCAUGCAGAUCUACGAGCUGGGUGACAGGUACAGCGCUGACCAGGUCUGUCAGGAUUGGUACGACCGCAACCUGCCCCUGGACGUCGAGCGCCAAAAGAACUUUCAGCGUCUUCCUCAGUGUCCCUGCCAUUGGAACUUCCUGUGGGGCAACUGGAUCUGGUCUCACUAUAUCCACGACUACACAGUAAUAUGCUACAGGAUGAUUCUAGGCAGGUCUCGAUCCGUGUCUCCACAUGGUCAGGAGUGCUGCUACAGGUGGAGAUGGAACUGGUGGAACUGGUGGGACUGGUCCUCCAACGGUCAGUUCAUCGCCGACGCUCCUGAUGCUGGUUCGGCCACGGCCUUCAACCCUGUCUUCUGGUCACUACGCGCUGACUACCAGCGAGAAGACAGGGAGGCCCAUGACAUUUGCUGCUACAACACUACGUCACCAGAGUACUGUCAGAUGUACUACGAGCUCAGACCUGUACGAACAUGCACCACGAGGAUGCCGUUCAGCUUCUCUUUCACCUGGGGUGACCCUCACAUAAAAACGUUGGAUGGAGGCGAGUACACCUUCAAUGGUUGGGGUGAGUACAUCAUGUUCUCAGUGAUGACUACGGGAACCAAUUGUACCCUGCAAGGUCGCACGGGACUGGCGGAGACGGAGAACGGCACGCUGACCAACGCCACGGUCUUCACGGCCUUUGGCGCCGAGGAGAACGGCGUGCGAGUGUUUGUCGAGCUCCAGAACGGCACGGACGGUAUGAUCAUCUUCGGCGAUAACACCGAGUACACAAUCGAGUUCCUGCAACAGGAAAAUAAUUUUCUUGUUGAGGCAGAGGCAUUCACGCUCAAGAACGACAACAACAGUCUGACCGUUACGUUUUCAUCCGGUAUCGGCCUGACCAUUUCUGUCGGCUUCAAGUCCCUAGACAUUGCAGUCACUAUGCCCGAAGAAUUUCGCGGGCUAAUCAAAGGGUUGCUGGGUAACUUCAAUGGUAACCCUAGCGACGACUUUUUGCUACCAAAUGGAAGGACCCUGAGUUCCAAUCUCACAGACCGCCAGAUCUACGAAACCUUCGGCCCCUUUUGGGCUGUGACCGAGGAGAACACUGUGAUGAGAUAUCCGCCCAGAAGAGGACCUGCCAACUACAGCCACCCGGAUUUCGUGCCCAUCUUUCUGGACGAGCAGCCACAAGAUGUCCUGCAGGCUGCCAGAGCCAAAUGCGGCGAUUCUGUUGCUUGUAUCUAUGACUACGUCGCAACUGGCAGUGCCGCCAUGGCUGACGCCAGUAAGGACACCGCCGGCAAGGCUGACGACAGAGAGAAGCUCAGUAAAAAUACUGCACCAAUCUUAACUUUCAACGCAACCUUGACUGUGGUAAUCGGUCAGCCAGUGAACUUUAACCUGGGAGGUUACGACCCUGACAAGGGAGAUGUCCUGACAUACCAUGCUGUGAAUAAGAGCGAUUUGGUUGUCCAGGUUGAUCCUAGAACUGGUGACGUCACAUUGAACGUCACCUCAGCAAAGACAGUGACCGUUAGCUUUUAUGCCGAAGACUCGUUGAAAGUGCAGUCCCCCGUCCGUGACGUGUCCAUCAUCGCCUGCAACAGCACCUGCAGAACACACGGCACGUGCGACUUUUUGACCCCAAUCCCCACAGAUGUCGCCACCUUCUUUUGGGCUUCGUGUACGUGCGCGCCUGGGUGGACAGGUAAGGACUGUGACGAAGACUUGGAUGCCUGUCAGAAGAGUCCGUGUGGAGCCGAGCAGGAGUGUGUGGACCUGACCCCGGCGCAGCAAGGAAGCAGUGAGAUAGGAUUCCGGUGUGGAGCCUGUCCAGUCGGCUUUAUGACCGAUCCCCUGGACGCGACAAGGUGCAUUGAUGUCAAUGAGUGCGUUAACUCGACCCUCACCACGUGCGGUAGGAACGCCACAUGCGAGAACACGCCUGGCUCCUACAUCUGUGUCUGCGCCAGCGGCUUUCGACUUCAAACGAACUUCAACUGCGAAGACAUCAACGAAUGUGCUGAACACACCGACAAUUGCCAGCAAGUUUGUGUCAACUCCGAAGGAAACUUCGACUGUCAGUGCUACCCAGGGUACACGCUCUCAGACAAAGGUACAUGUGAACCUGACAGUCAAACGAGUGGCACGUGUGCUGUACUGGGUUGUGAUCAUGGCUGCAUUGUAACCCCUGACCUCAAUGGCACCCUAGUGCCCUCCUGCUUCUGCAACUCAGGCUUUAGGUUGUCUGGAAACAGGACCUGCGUGGACAGGGACGAGUGUAGCGAGGGUGUGUGCAGCCAGGCUUGCGUCAACACCGUGGGCAGCUUCUUCUGCAAGUGUUACACCGGUUACCUUCUUGGCAGUGACGAGCGAACGUGCUCACCCUGUCCCAGCAUGCAGUACGGCACCGACUGCAGCCUGACCUGUCAGUGCAGUGGCAGGGCGCUGACCUGUGACCCGGUCACCGGAUGCGUGUGCCGGGAAGGCUGGCGGGGCAUCAGAUGUGACGAGGACAUAGACGAGUGCACAGAGAAUCCUGACAGGUGUGGUGCAGGGUACGUCUGCUCCAACACAAACGGUUCCUUCAUCUGUGAUUGCCCUUCUGGAUAUUCAAAAAAUGCGGCUGGUAAAUGCGAAGACGUGGAUGAGUGCGCGCCACGCUCAGUGCUGAAUACCUGCGGGGAGCUUGAGGACUGCAUCAAUGUGCCAGGUACCUUCUACUGCAGGUGUCGCACCGGCUACAGACGUCAGAACGACCACUGUACAGAUGUCAACGAAUGCGCUAACGGUGCCUCCGAUUGCGAACAGUUAUGUGUAAACGUGGAGGGCUCGUACAAUUGUGAAUGUCGCUAUGGUUACACAGCAAAUCCUGACAGAACCACGUGCUACAUGUCUGAGAACGUGUGUAGAGAUUUUGAGCUGCUGGACUGCCAACAGGGAUGCUCGCUUGAUGACAGUGACAGAGGAGUGUGUUUCUGUCUGGUCGGUUAUCAGCUGAACCACGACAACAUCACGUGCAGCGAGAUCAAUCCUUGCCUAAACGGGAGGUCAGGAUGCUCUCACGGCUGUGAAAAUACAGGAGUGCAUUACACGUGUUCUUGUCCUCCUGGCAUGAUGCUGGACAACGACCUGAGGACCUGUAUAGCAUGCCCGCCUGGGACAUACGGCGACAACUGUGCGCGCGACUGCACGUGCGGGACUGGCUCCAGCGGCUGUAACGCCACCACAGGGUGCGUGUGUAAACCCGGGUGGACGGGUACCAACUGUGACCAGGACGUCAACGAGUGCGACACGGUGUCCGCGCAGGAGGAAUGCCGUCAGCGCCAAGCGAAUUGCCUCAACCUACAGGGAGGCUACCGCUGUCAGUGCCCCCCAGGCUACACCACAGACCAGAGCAACAUCUGUCGUGACAUCGAUGAGUGCACCAGCAGUCCAAGUCCGUGUGGUCAGAUCUGUGAGAACUCCCUCGGCAGCUACCGUUGUCUCUGCAACACCGGCUUCUUUUUCAACGCCUCAUCUAAGCAGUGCGAGGAUGUGGACGAGUGCGCUCUGACGGCGACCAACAACUGCACACAGCGCUGCGACAACACCCUCGGCUCCUACCGCUGCGGCUGCAACAUCCCGGGUUCUGUGUUGAGUAACGAUGGUGUCACCUGUCAAGCCAGUGUCAACUGUACACGAACUGACUGUCCCAGAGACAACGGGGGAUGCAGUCUGGAGGAGUGUUUCUGUAACAGCGGCUACAACAUGAGCAUCAAUAACGACACCUGUUCAUUUAUACCCGUUAACUGGUGCGGCGUGGCCAGUCCAUGUCAACAAACUUGCAGCAAUGCGGCGGACGGCAAAACCUUCUACUGCAGCUGCUCUGCUGGGUACUUACUCAACAAAGAUGGCCGUACAUGCAGGGAGUGCCCGGAUAAUACUUACGGCACGAACUGCGCUAAUGAGUGCACGUGCAACAGACAAAACACUCAGUCGUGUAACAAGACUACUGGCGCCUGCACGUGCAAGGGAGGCUGGACUGGCAGCACGUGCGACACGGAUGUUAACGAAUGCACAGCAGGCUCUGUGACGUGUCCGGUAAACUCAAUCUGUGUCAAUCUACCUGGGACCUACCUGUGCUCUUGUUAUUCUGGUUUCUUCAAAUCAAACCAGACAUGCUUAGAAUGUGCUGAAGGCUUUUACGGGGCCAGCUGCGCCAGUGCAUGCAGCUGCAGCGUCAACACCGUCUCCUGCAACAAGACUACGGGCUCCUGCACGUGCAAGGCUGGCUGGACCGGCACGCGCUGUGACACGGACGUCAAUGAGUGCGCCCUCGGCGUCAUCAACUGUACAGGCAGUCACGUGGUGUGUGUCAACGUGGACGGCGGCUACCGAUGCGACUGUUCAAGUGGAUACACUUACAAUACGUCAUCUUCCACAUGUUCUGAUACCGACGAGUGCUCCAACGACAUGGACGACUGCCUUCAGGUGUGUACAAACACUAACGGAAGCUAUACCUGCAGCUGCGCGUCUGAUUACUGGGGAACUGGCAAUGAUUGUACAGAGAUGACUAAAGUCCCUGCCACACUGGUGGUGGACAUUCCCAUACCAGCCAGCGAGCUCGCCAAUCCUUACAGCGUGAAGUAUGAAGGGUGGAAGCAGAUGACUGCAGGCGCGGUGUUUAAACGUUUGACAAGCCGCGUGCCAGGCCUCAAGGAAGUACACAUUCUACGCCUUAGUGCCGGCAGUCUCAUUGUUGAUUGUCAGUUUGUGCUUGACGACCACACCUACCUAACGGCGGUGUCAGAUUUGAUCUCGAGUCUGGCAGACCUGGCUUUCACCAGUAUAACCAUUGGCAAUUACUCGGGGAAUGUUGUCAUCACCGUGAAAGGAACCUCUGUAUCAUCGGCCUCCUUGUGUACGGUGUACGACCUGGUCAGCCAGUGCCCCAGCGGAGAGCAGUGUCAGGUGGAGGACAGCAAGCCGGUGUGCAGAACAAAUCCAAAGGAUGACGUGGCGCUCAUUGUGGGGCUGACUGUGGGGCUCACACUUGCAAUCCUGCUGAUUGUGGCUGUAGUCAUCAUAUACAUCAAGAAGAAGAAAACUAGGAAAGGGACACGAAAAAAUUCUUCUGUCGUGCCUGUUUCAUCUAAAGGUGAAGUCUACCCAAGUGUCGUGAUGCCAGCCUGGGAAAUGACAUCCAAUGAAAAGCAGCUAAUCGACUAGACAUAACCCACUAGAAUACAUCGAAAUCUCCAUUCUCCACUUCAUGUAAUCGACUUCAAGUGAAGAGGUCCAAGUCAACCAGUAGAAGACAUCGAGGAAUCCAUAAACUCCUUUAAAUAAGCCAGCAUCAUAAUAAUAAAAACACAAACACAAGCUUACUGUGACACAGAAAACAACCGAUGUGUCUCGUUACUGCACUGAUUGUUUUAGGAGGAACUGUACACUGGAAUAUGGAGAGGAACCAGAAGGUUGCAUGGCACCGUGUGACAGACACAAACAGAAAGCAAAGUGAAAGGAGGAGACUAGUGUGACCUCAGUUGUUAUUAACGUUGUUUGUGAAGGUUAGGCCAUCAUCUGUGGAUUUGUACUGGAAACAAGGCAUAUCAGCACAGUUCUUACAACAACGAAGAACAUUCUAGUAACGGAGGAAGUGGAGGUUUUUCUAAUUCGUAACUAUUUUUCUUUUUUAUCUCUGAGUGAUACUAUACAUAGUGAUACUGUACAUAUAGACAUGCUCCCAUCCAUCCCAAUAUGUAAUAUCUCACUUACCCCUAUCCCCCACCGCCACCCUGCUACACACACUAUCAACUUAGUUCAAAACCCUUAGUAAUAUCUUCACUAAUUGGUCUAAUCUUCUGAGGGUUUAUUUAUGUUUUUGAAGUUAAUGAAUUUAUAAACAUUAGGGUUGUGAAUGUAGUAAAGUGGUAAAUAUUUUUUUACACCUAUCAAUUUUUUACAAUUAAAUAGAUAGUGGAAUUCGUACCCUAUUUCCUUAGUAUUACAGGCUACUGAACCUUUCACUUCUAGGUAUAUGUUUGCCUACAUUUACUCGCAGGAUAAAGGUUAUUCAAUAAAAUGAAUUUUAUUCGAGAUGAUGAUUGGGGGAAGUAUUUUUAAGUAGUGCUCUAGUUUAAAAAAAACUACUUUUAAACAUUCUAUAAUUUGAGUUUAUUUGUUUGGAAUAUAUUUCACAUAUCCAAUUCUGUAUAUACUGAUACUAUACGCCUGAUGUGUUUAUGGUUUUAUGCUCUAUUGAUAAUAGAUGAUGAAUGAUGAUAGUGUUUUUAUUUGAACUUUUUUACCGCUGUCAUGUAUGUCAUAUACAGUAUUUUCCUUAGUGAUAUUUUGCGACUAAUGCUGUGAUAAAUGUGAGAUAUUGUUAGUUAUAUUUUAUUAAUAAUAUUUAUUGUGAUUUGAGUUUUAAUUAAUCUUCUUUUAACAAAUACAGUAAUAAUUAUAAAA